AUGGCGGAUUCCAUGAUAUCGGGCGAAAUGGACGACUUCUUGGAACUAUAUGGAAUGACUGUUACAAGCCCAUCGUUCAAGACUACCUCGUUGCUUGAUUCCUACCAAGAAAUCGACAGCUCGUUAAUACCCACCUUGUGGUCUUCGCUUCCGCCCCCAGUUGCCCAAAAUGCUGACUACGCGAAUAAAUCCGAUGAAAAGAACACGUCGUCACUUGGUAGCAAGAAGCGGCGGAGGCAGGAGACGGAGAGGAACCGACAACGCCGUUAUAGGCAACGGCUACGUGUAGAGCGCGAAAUGCUGGAGAAUGAGGUCGAGAAGUUGUCAAGAGAAUUGGAGCAACUCAAGGAGGCCUUUAGAAGAAGGCGAGCCCCGAUCUCAGCAACAGUACCGUCAAUCGAGUCGUGCAUGUAUUCGGAGACACUGGACGAAAAGGAAAAGCGUCUUUUAUCUGAGCGUCAGCUGCUCCAGGCUACCGUUAACAUGCAAGCUAUGUAUAUAGAACAUCUUCACAAGCUUGUACCGGGUGCUAGUCUCGACACAGAAGAAGGUUAA